AUGGAAUGCUGAAAGGAAGGAUGCAUAAAUAAAGUUAAAGUUCUUUGCAAAUGUGUGGAGCCUGCCUGCUACUCUUGCAAAGUCCACAUGUACAAGCAUGGUGAAGCUGAUUCUAUUGGAGGGCACAACUUUGAAUACUUAGAAUUAAAACCAAAUCAAAUAUAUAAAGAAGCCCUAAUUGAAGAGCUGAAUAAAUUAUCAAAAGAAUUGCUUGAUAUAAAAGAAAACUUAAUAAAAGAAACACAUAUGAAAAUACAAGAAUUAAAAUUGUUACUUAUUAAAGCGCUAGAAAAUAUUGAGAAAAUAAGAAUAAAUCAAGCUGAUUUAAUUAGAAAAAUUAAUUCGGUAAAAAAUUACCAAAAUAAAUCGAAAUCCACUUGAAAAGCUAUUAACCUUCGAUCCAGACAGUGCCCGAAAAAAGUUGAAUGAGUUUGGGUGCAGUUUUAA